CGACACACCGCCGUCAUGAGAAAGAAGCCGAGAUUCCAUUCGCUGAAGAAGCUGAAAGUGCGGCAGGAUAUGUCGCGCUGGACGCUGUACAGUCUCGCGCAGCUGCGGCCGCCCAACACUGCGAUGCGAACAUACUUCCAGCAGAAAUGGACGGCCAAAGCAGACACGCGUGCCUACCACGGCGAGCAGAUGCGCGAGAAGAAAUGGGCGCGCCUCUUCAAGCGGUCCAUCCCCGCCGUUGUGCCCAUGGACCACAAGUACCUCGCCCGUCACGACGGCAGCGAGCAGGCCGCCGGGCGCGGAUCUGGCGCAGACUCGCAGGACAAACCACGCGCGCCGCCCAUGACGCCAUACAUGCAGAUGGCCUACUACCCGAUCGAGCGCCGCCUGGACACGGCCAUCUUCCGCGCCCUGUUCGCCAGCAGCGUGCGCCAGGCCCGCCAGUUCUGUGUCCACGGACUCGUCAAGGUCAAUGGCAAGAAGAUGCCCUUCCCGGGUUACAUGCUCAACCCGGGCGACAUGUUCCAGGUGGACCCGACGAGCGUCAUGUUCGCCACCGGCGCCCCGAAGGAGCGUUCCUCGACCGCCCGCCGCGUUGCCAAGGAAAAGGCCGCCGCCCGCGCCGAAGCCCGCGAGGCCCAUGGCGGCCAGACACCGCGCCAGCCCACGCCCGAAGCCGUCGUGCAGUCCAAGGGCGACGCACCCUCGCCCGCCGAGCUCAAGAAGCACCUGCAGGCAAUGAUGACCGACGUCGACGGCGUGCUGGCCGAGGACGUCGGCGCAAAGGACAAGCAAAAGUUCCGCGCCUUCCGCCAGGCCGUGAAGCGUGCUAUCGGCCUGUGGCGCAGCGCCUCGCCCGAGUCCAUCUCCACUCUCGACACGCAGUUUGACUUCCUCAAGACCCAGCUGGCGGGGCGGUCUGCGCCACCUUCCGCACGCAGCCCCGACGCCGUCGAGGCGCCGCUGUUCAGCGCCGAGGACCAGACGAAGCUGCGCCAGGCGUUCGACAAGCUGAAGCUCGAGACGGAGCACACGAGCGCGUGGAACAACCGCAACGCCGCGGCCCCGUACGCGACGCCCUGGCGGCCCAGAGACUAUAUGAGCGCGUUUGCCUUCAUCCCCAGGUAUCUCGAGGUCAACCAGAAUGUCUGCGCGGCCGUGUACUUGAGACACCCGGUUGCGCGCCCAGGGCUGGCCGAGGUGCCGACCCCGUUCAGCAUCGAGACGGGGCAGCUGGCGUUUAACUGGUACCUACGGAGACGGUAGACGGCGUAGCGAGUGUAGUCAUAGUAGCCAUGGUGGUAUAGCGAGCGCGGCGUCUGUGCUCGCACGUCUUGUAUGAUAGAAUAGACUGUAGCAACACGAGCACAUCGACUUUGUCCAAUGGAUCCAGCUUCAACCACGUAUGCUAGGACUAUUCACGCAUGCCGUGUGAGGCGGCGGACUAUAUGACGCCGUCGCAGCCCGCAGGAGCAGAAGCGCAAAAGCUAAACUUGCGGACGUUCGGUCGUGGAGCAGAUCCACACAGCAACAGCGGGUG